UCUUUUAGCGUGGGUUUUGCUUCCUCGGAGAGCAAUGGCGGGGAGAGGGAAGACUUUGGCAUCUGGUUCUGCCAAGAAGGGGUCGUCGAGGAGUAGCAAGGCCGGUCUCCAGUUCCCGGUCGGAAGGAUCGCACGGUUCCUGAAGGCCGGGAAGUAUGCCGAGCGAGUCGGCGCCGGCGCUCCGGUCUACCUCGCAGCUGUACUCGAGUACCUUGCAGCCGAGGUGUUGGAGUUAGCAGGCAAUGCGGCUCGUGACAACAAGAAGACUCGAAUCAUGCCACGGCAUAUCCAACUGGCCGUGAGGAACGACGACGAGCUGACGAAGUUGCUUGGUUCCGUCACCAUCGCUAGCGGCGGUGUGAUGCCCAACAUCCAUAAUCUUCUCCAGCCCAAGAAGUCUUCCAAGCCCUCUGCCGCCGGGGACGACGAGAGCUGAGACUCCUCAGGCCAUGUCAUAUCGCAAUGUGAUCUUGGAUCUAAUUUGAAAUGUGUGUAUUAGGAAUUGGUGUGCAAACGUAUUCGAUGAACUAAUUCAUGACUCGGCUGCUCUGUUGCCCUGUUCGAUUUACGAAGUUCUCUUGUACAUUCCGCAACGAUGU